AUGGCUGCUUCUGAUGGUCUAGAGAAAAGCUUGGCGACUGGAGAAGACAAAAAAAUGGAUGAAGAAGUACAAGGAGAGGGGGAGCAAGAGGAAGAUGAAGACGGCGAACCAGUCUGGCAGGUCAGAGAAAUUACUCGAGCGAAAGUCGAGGGUAAGAAGAUUGUGCUUUUUGUAACCUGGGAUCUUGAUGGUUCAACUAGCUGGGAACCACUUGAAAAUUUUCCUGAAGAAUUGAAUCACGAAGUUGUCAAAGAUUUUGUGAACCGAUUCCCGGAUAAAUGGGCAACUGUUCAGAAAAAUCUCGAAAAAAAAACCCGAAAAAAUUGGACAUACACAGUGGUUGACGCUGACAUGUACGAGAAGCCAGACGAAUCUGCCCCAAAAGAAGCGAAGCGCUUGGCAGACCCAAACCGAUUGGAAGAUCCCACUGAAAAGUGGCUAAAAACGUAUGGUGAAGGAAUCGAAGGACGUUUGUCUCGCAGCAAAGCUCAUGCCGCUCAACAAAACAUAAGCGGUGUUCCAUCAGUUUUGCCAGUUCAAAAUGUGGUUCCAGAAGAAAAGAAAGAAAAUAAAAAACGCGGAAGAAAACCAAAAGAAGAGGUGAGGCAAAAUCAUACUCAAAAAUUAAACUUCAUCUUCGCUACUAACCAUCACCUGAUUUUGUAUGCUACUACGAGGUCGCUUUUCUAUUGUCGAAAAAAAAACAGGCACCUGAAAAUUUCGCGGGAGCCACUACUGUCGCUUUACCAGUCCUCUUCUACAUCUACAUCGAAAAAGAAAACUGCUGCUAGCGGACGAAGACGAACCACUAAGAAAACCGACAACGAUAAGGAAACAAUUCCCAAACAAACGGAAGAAUCAGACAUAAAACAGGAAGAACCUUCAAAAUCAACAGAAGAAAUGAUUGAGCCUGUAGAAGAACCGGAAGAGAAAUCUUUUCCUCCAAAUAAAACUGCGCCUGUGCCAAGCACCGACGGGUGGCAACGUAAGCAUCGCGAUAAACCAUUGAACUCCUCUGACGAGGAAGAAGGCAGUAGCUCGAUUGGGGAAACAAUGGAAGCAUUUGAACCUCAAGUUUUCACCUCAAGUGUGUCAUUGUCAGGAGGAAGAAUAGAAGCCGGCGCAAACUCUCGUUCUCUAUCGCCGGUCCCAAAUACUGCUCCUUCGACUUCAGAAGUACCUGUGAAAAGAAAGAAAACAUCUGUUCCGAAGUCCGAAAGCAAGGAACAUCGCUCCCACAAGAAAAAACCAAAAGCACAGGACGACGAGGAGAAAAUCACAAAGACUAAACAUAAUAAGCCACUGAAAGUGAUUCCUAAGGAUCCUAGAGUGCGAUAUGCGGAUGAACCUCAAGGCAACCUUGGGAUUGAAAAGGCCUUUGCCGAACUAGGAAUCACGAUUUCAAAGGAGAACCCAAAAGAUCGACUAAUAAAGGAAUUCGAAACUAGGAAGAUGAAUUAUCCGCAGCAAAAAAGCCUCGAUCUUGCAAUCAGAUCAUUGGAUGCAGAAGCAACAAAAAUCAUUCUCAUGGAGAUUGGCCCAAAGCGUGCUAUGGAUGAGCUUCGUGUAUCCAAGAGUCUACACGAGGUGAGGGAAACAAAUUUAAGUGUGAGAGUUCAACAACACAUUAUUCAGGUGCUAACGCAACGUAUGAACAAAAAAACGGAAAAAGUUAUCCGCGCCGCACUGCCGCAUCUUCCACAAGAAAUUCUAGUGGAUCAAAAUGAUAGUUUGAAUACUCUCCUACAUUGUGCUAUCAACACGGGAGACAAGAAUCUUGUCGAAUAUCUCAUCAAAAUGGGCUCGCCACUGCAUGUUCGUAACUGUCAUGAAAUGACUGCUGCAGAAGCGUGUGUAGUUAUGAAAAACUCGGUUCUCUUGAGCAUAGUUCUUCGACACGGAGGAACGUUCCAUCAUAUUUGCUCCAAAAAAGAACUGAAAGAUAUGGGGUUCAAUGCAAAAGAACAGGAAAGAUUAGAUCAUUUCCAAUUGUAUACAUUCUUGGAGAGGCUGAGCCAGAAUGAUGAGAUCAAAAAAGUCAAGAGUGUGGCAAUCGAGCACAACCUGAAGUUACAACAAGCAUGUGAUAGACUUCGUCGCACUCUGAUAUCAUCUCGACUCCUGGAGAGGGAAUUAGGUCCGCUCAUGUCCUUUCCUCGUGGAAAUAUCCGCCAAUUCGGUUCUCGACAGACAAUUCAAUUUACAAUUCCGGAAUUGUGGGUCCAGUCGAAACAGUUCAAGUUCAUGUUAGCUGUCAUCCCAAUGACGUUCGACGACAAAAGGAAACUCUUCGUCGGCACUUCCCGAAAAGCACCAAUUAGAGGAGUGCCCUAUCUCUGUGGAUAUCCUUGUAAACCUAUGACAAGAAAAAAUUUAGUGUUUUAUCGAGCUACAACUGCACUCCGUAAGCAUGUCGCAUUUAUGCAACAGAACGGAACCAAGAACUCUCAUCUAUCAUUCCCCGAUAUCAGAAGUGUUGAGAGCCUUGGAGAACGAGAACGAAUGAUCAAAGAACGUAACACAAGGACAAUAUCUCCGAUGAUGUGUACACUUUCUAUUGAGUUCGAGGCCAUGAUUCCAUUUUCAUUCUUUGCUUGCCAACUGAUCAGAUAUGUACCAGAUAAAUCGUCUCUGCGCUCGACCUCAAAAACUGCAUCUCGACCUUUCCCUACCGGAAGUUCAACAUCUGGAAUACCAAACCGUCCAAGCUCGAAUAUCAACCGUCCAACGUCUUCGAGCUAUUAUCGGGAUAACAAAAGUCAAUAUACUCCAGGAUCUUCGAAUCGUUUUGGCUCAACUUACCGACCACCAUCAUCUUAUCAGAAUCGAGUGUCACAUGGUCAAGGGCAGUUCAACAAACCUUAUAAUCGACCAAACACCCCACAGUGA